GUUGGAAAAAAGAUGGGUUAGAAACACAUAACACAUAGAAUGUGUUAGAAAAACCCGCAAAUGGGUUUAAUAAAAAGAAUGUAGUACGAAUUCCAGCGCAUGACUGUGAAAUCCAUCUUCCUUUAAGCUUUUAUCACGAGAAUGGGUAUUUUUGUUUUGGUCGCCCUUCAGAGAGCAGCAGUGAAAAGCUUUUGCCCUUCUUGUGCCUUCAGUGCUGCUGGUCAUUUCUGACACAGGAAAUGGCUUCCAAGCUGGCUGCUGCUCUUGCUCUUCUUUUCCUUUUGACAAGCCUGACCGUCAUCGUCACAGUGGCCAUUAUCCAGAUUCAUAAAACUCACUACUUGUCACCAGGAGAUAAGUAUGGAAUUGUCCUUGAUGCUGGAUCCUCACGGACAACAGUGUAUGUUUAUAAGUGGCCUGCUGAAAAGGAGAACAAUACCGGAGUUGUCAAACAGAUUAUGAUUUGCAAUAUUGACGGUCCCGGGAUAUCGAGUUUGGGUCUUAAUGCAGAACAGGACCACAGGUCUUGGAGUUCAAUGGAAGACUGCAUGAACAAAACGCAGCAAAAAAUACCACCUUCCCAGCAUAACACCACACCCAUCUUUCUGGGGGCAACCGCUGGGAUGAGAUUACUAAGGUCGAAGAAUGCAACUGCUGCCAACGCAAUCAUGUCCGAAAUGGAAAGGUACCUCCAGAGGCUCCCAUUCCGCUUCCAGAAUGCUUCUGUCAUCUCUGGGGAAGAGGAGGGGCUCUACGGAUGGAUUACUGCCAACUAUCUAAUGGAUAAUUUCCUGGAGAAAAACAUUUGGAAUGCAUGGGUGCGCCCUCAUGGAGCGAAGACCAUUGGGUCUCUGGACUUAGGUGGGGCUUCUACCCAGAUAGCUUUCAGCCCAGAAGAACCUGACACCAGUGACAGAUUCAGGAGAGUCACACUCUACGGCUACGAGUACAGUGUGUACACUCACAGUUACACGUGCUACGGAAGGAAUGAAGCAGAGAGGCAAGUCCUAGCAGCUCUGGUACAGACGUCUUCUGGCACCUCAGAAAACCCCUGUUACCCUCAAGACUACAGCGCUGUAAUCCCUGAAGAAUAUAUCUUUGGAAGUCAGUGUACAGCAGCAAAGAAGCCAGUCAAUUACAAUCCCAAGAAACAUGUAACCUUCGUUGGAACAGGAGACCCAGCUCUGUGUAGAGAAACAGUGCUCUCUAUAUUCAAUCUCUCCUCUUGUGAGGGGGAGGACCAUUGCUCUUUCAACGGGGUCUACCAGCCGGCUCUUACUGGAAUGUUUGUGGCAUAUGCUGGGUUCUAUUACACAACUGGAGCUUUAAAAUUAAAAGGUUAUUUUUCUCUUGAAGACUUCAAUUCAACCACAUGGUCCUUCUGUUCAAGGAAGUGGAAAGACCUCCAAUCAAAUUACUCAAGUGUGAAGGAGUCAUACCUACGGUCUUACUGUUUCUCUGCAAACUACAUCUACAAUCUGCUGGUAUAUGGAUAUAAAUUUAAUUCGCAUACCUGGGAGCAGAUCAGAUUUCAAAAAGAGGUAAACAAUAGCAAUAUAGCCUGGUCUAUGGGCUACAUGCUGAUUCUCUCAAACAUGGUCCCUGCUGAAGCCCGGCUAGUCGUCCUGCCCUUGAGCAACUCAGUCUUUGCUGGGCUUCUCUUCAUGUUCUCAGCUCUGGCCAUCCUCAGCCUCAUGUUCCUGAUCAUCUCUGUUGUGCGGUCGUGUUAAUCCAGGAAGGUUGGGCACAGCUUCAUUCGUACACAGUCUGCACGGCAGGAGGCGCCCAGAGCAGGCUGGCGAUGAAGAAACCGUGCAAUACAGAGACGUGACAUCGCCGACAAACUGUCCAGAAGCAGAAUGGUACAGGAGCAAUGGAGGGUAACCUCAAGGUGCCAAACCCUUCCAAAGCUCAGCAAACUCAAAGAAGAAAACAAUAUUUCAAAACUACCAAAUUUGUCGUAAUGAUUCAUUUCUCCCUCAUUUCCUGAAAUCUUUUUUUUCUCUUCUACAAUAUCAUUACAGAAUUCGUCUGAGCCAAAAUGUACAAUAUUGGUGAUGUCAGUUGCUUUGUAAAUUCACGCUAGUUUUUAAAGAGUGGAAAAUUCAAGCACAGAAGAUUUUUAGUUGUGUUUAGUUUUUUCAUUCAAUUAUUCUGCAUUCCCUUUAGCACACAAGGCACAUACAUACAAUAAAGCCUUCUCAUAAAGAUCGAAACAGUCUUAUGACUGUCGAUUUUACCACACAUGAAGGCUGAACUCUCCGUGAGAAAACACAGGAAGUGCCCAGUCAUCUGAUGGAUGUAUUCUUGCAUGCUGUAAACCAGAAUAAUGGCGUUCACAGAAAAAAGCAUGAUAUAAAAGAUAUGAAUGAUAUUCUUUUAAUGUAUGUCUGAUGUAUUUCAUCGAAAAUAGUUAAAUUUGGUAAUCUUAGAUUAUAAUUUUACAGCGCAGACAAGUAAUGUCUAUGAGGUGUUAAUUUACUGCAGAUGUAUUUAUAUCCAGUAUUAAUAAAGGUC